AAAGCAGACUUCAGUUCAGUCGAGGAUGUUGAGAUGGUCAGCAGAUGCAGAAGCACAUACAUCGAGAGGCUUCACACACACGGUUUUAAUCAGUUGCACGUGAAAUCAACGGCAUUUGCGCGCACCAAGAGAUCAGAUUGGAUAAGAAAAAUUCCUCUUUCUGGGACAACCACAUCACAACUGGUCUUUUAACUGAGCCUACAGGAGCGCACACAUCUCAUCUGAAACUCGCUUUUGAAGUGGAAAUCUGAUGCGUAAUGGUGAUCUCCAGAGGGCUGUCUGAGAAUUAAUUCGUCUUCAUUUAAACCCCCCAAAAUGCAGGUCAUUCUGUUUGUUACGGUAGUUUUUCUUUACAUCAAAAAUGCUGUCGCGGAUACUAAACUGAAGUGUCCGGAGCGCUGUGAUGUGAGUAAGUGUCCGAGCCCGAGCUGUCCGAGCGGGUAUGUGCCGGACCGCUGUAACUGCUGUCUGGUGUGCGCGCAGGGAGAGGGCGAGCCGUGCGGCCGCAAGGACGAUCUGCCCUGCGGGGAUGGUCUGGAGUGCAAGCACCCGUCUGGAAAGAGACUGUCCAAAGGGGUGUGUCAGUGUAGGUACAGUAGUAAAGUGUGUGGCAGUGACGGGAACACGUACGGUAACAUCUGCCAGCUGAAGGCCGUGAGCAGGAAAGCGCUGCAGCAGGGUCUGCCCGCGGUCACCAACGCGCACAAAGGACCCUGUGAAAGCAAUCAAGGUCCCACACACCCCAACAGCCCGAGGUACAAAUUCAACUUCAUUGCUGACGUGGUGGAGAAGAUCGCCCCUGCUGUGGUGCACAUUGAGCUGUUCCUAAACCACCCCCUCUUUGGUCGGACGGUUCCGCUAUCCAGUGGUUCUGGUUUUGUAAUGUCAGAGACUGGGCUGAUCGUGACUAAUGCCCAUGUGGUGUCCAGCACCACUCCUGUUUCGGGUCAUCAGCGACUCAAAGUACAGAUGCGUGACGGGGAUGUGCAUGAGGCCACUAUCAAAGACAUCGACAAGAAGUCUGACAUUGCCACUAUCAAAAUCAACCCACAGAAAAAGUUGCCUGUUUUAUUGCUGGGUCACUCUGCAGACCUGCGCCCGGGUGAGUUUGUGGUUGCUAUCGGCAGCCCGUUUGCCCUGCAGAACACAGUGACGACAGGAAUUGUCAGCACCGCACAGAGAGAUGGAAAAGAACUGGGUCUCCGUGACUCAGACAUGGACUACAUCCAGACUGACGCCAUCAUCAACUAUGGGAACUCAGGUGGACCACUCGUUAAUUUGGAUGGAGAGGUGAUAGGAAUCAACACACUGAAGGUAGCUGCAGGAAUCUCAUUUGCCAUUCCUUCAGACAGGAUCACUCGAUUCUUAAAUGAUUCAUUGGGAAAGCAAAACAAAGAGACAAGAUCAGUGAAGAAGCGUUUCAUUGGAAUCCGAAUGCUCACCAUCACAGAAGCUCUCGUGGAAGAGCUGAGGCAGCAGAAUCCAGAUUUCCCUGAUGUCAGCAGUGGGAUCUACGUCCAUGAAGUGGUUCCUCACUCCCCUGCUCAGAAAGGAGGCAUCAGAGAUGGUGACAUCAUCGUUAAGUUAAAUGGAGAGCCACUGAUGAGCACCAGCGACCUGAAGGAAGCGCUCAACCAAGACACGACUCUACUGCUGGAGGUGCGCAGAGGCAACGAUGACCUGCUCUUCAACAUUGAGCCUGACGUCAUCAUGCAGUGAUGUUAUCAUUUACUCAGAAUGUGAGCCAUCAAACUUUCAUCAUGUCAGUCAUGCGCUAUCAUGGCCAGAGGAAUGUCUAACCAUCCUUCUAACGAAACACCAAGGACCUCUUUUACAAGCUGAGAGGAAUCUAACCUUGAGCUUUCGCAAUCUCAGUCAUUUCAAGGCUGUCAAGAGAUUUUAUAUGAAAAGCAUUUCAUAACAGCACACUCUCUUUGAAGCAGGUUUGAAGUGGAGAAUGAUUUAGUUCAUGGCAAAUAUGAAAACUUGCAGUACUGUAUUUUGUAUAAGAAGACAAAGCUGGUGAUAUUUUUGAAGUUUUGUACCAGAAAUAGCCAAAAGCCAAAAAUUAAAAUAUAAUAUUUAAUAAACAAUAUAAAUUUACAUAAAUAACCACAUCAUGCAUAAUAAUAAAUACAUAAUUAAUAAUAAUGAAUAUAUAUAUAUAUAUAAAAUAGAUUAGUUUGUGGAUUAUCUUAUUGAUACUUAAAAUGUCAUUCAUUGCUGAAACUUCAUUGUAGCACCAGUCGCAAAAAUCAAUUGCUGUGCAAGGGUUUUUUAAAAAUAAAUUUUAUAUAAUUUCUGUAGAAUGACUGUCAUGAAGAAUGACACUUUUAUAUGGUCAUCUUGUCCAAUGAAAUGUGUGCUUUUUAUACGCAAAGAUCAGUGAGACGUCUUCUGUUCAUGUAAUAUGUUUAUCAGUCUGUAUAUGCUCUAUUCAUGUUCCUGUUUGUCUAAAAUGUCUAUAGCAUGUCAUAUGACUUGAUUAAUAUGCUUUCAAAUAUGCUCUAAUUUUUGGUUCUCUUCAGCUGGAUCUAUGAACGUUGGACCUAUGAAAUAAAACUUUCUCAGAAAAUAA